GUUACCAUUAUGAUUAAACUGCUAGACAGCUACUGUGGCAUACCUGGUUACGCUAAACAGAUAAUUCAGUGUCACGACAUCCUUGACGACUGUGGCUGGAUUCGAUCCUACGACCUUGCGUUCCAAAGCAGCACGCCGCGCGGCAGGCUGCUAUGAAUAGUCUUAACUUUCUUAACUUUUCCCAUUCAUUCUCUAUGGCUAUCCUUAACCAUAUCGAAUACUACCAUUUGUGGCCACUAUGGGGAUUUGGGGGGCGCUGUUUCGCGGUUUUCUUACGAGAUAGAGAUGGAUAGAGAGAAGCGUCUCAGAUCAGAAUAUUUUUUGAGAGAACAGUACACGUAGAUCUACACUGAGGUAAGAUAUCCAUCUGGAUAGAUCUAAAGAUAGCUAGCUAAAUCAUGAAUGAACAUGUUAUUUUACUCAUCUCUGCUUUGUGAAAACUCAACAUUGAGCACGCUAUGACUCUCAGUAUGAAUGAAUGAAACUGUAUGUACAGUAGCCACGAAUGCAAUGUUACGUUGGUACUACUAUAACUUCCCAAAGUUAUUCAGUAACUUUAACAAUGGUUUGCCAGCAUGUUAUGUAAAAUUAAUAGUGAAUCGUGAAUAAAAGUCAUGUUAGAAGAGAGCUGUUCGCAGCUAAUACACAUUCCAAGACAAAGGACAUUGAGGGGGAUGGGUGGGGGAUGGGGGAGUUGAGAUGAGGCACAUUCACCUCAAGUAAGCACACUCAUCGAAUAGAUACAGAUCUACUGUAGGGCAGUGUUGUUUGAAAAUACUCUGGCUACCACCCCCUCUUGACAUGUAAUCUGCUGUAAUUAUUGAAUGUGUUAUUUCUUUUAAAUACAGAUGUCUAAGCAAGUUUUUAGUUUUUAUCCUGGGAGAGUGGUGGUGGUCUUUCGGAAGGGGUCACAUGGCUACCUUCUCCAAGAUGCAACUGAGGAAGCCAAGUGUUGGAAGGACUCCUCUGUCUCUCUGAAGGACAAGUCAGCACCCAUAAAGGAGGAACAGAUGAGGGCAAGGGCGUGCUCUUUGGUCCGUGACCGAGGGGGGGAUGUGUCUGACCAAACUGAGGUGUUGGGGGAGUAUACUUUACAGUUUGGAAAGUAUAAGGGGAAAUUGUUCAGAUGGCUCCUUGAAAAUGAUGUGGGGUACACUCUGUACCUCAUUAAACAAUUUGAAAAGGAGCAAACAGCUGGCAUGCCUUUUGGAUGGGCCCAGCAAAGACAGCCUGCGGUCCUUUGUAGGGUAUGCCAAUUCCUUCAAGGAAAUCAAGGCAGUGCUGGAGUACGAGGCCAGGAGGACCGGGGCUGUCAGCUCAGUGGAGGAGGACCAAGAGGUCGGCUUUGGCCACAUGCCAACAAGGACCUGGGGUGACGUCUGGGAGGGUAGGGCAGAUGGCUUUGCAGCGUUCGUUCUGUCCCGGACCACCACUCCGAGAACUAGCAUGGACAAACUGAAGCGGUACCUGACCAAGAAGACCCAGGAGGCAUCCAUGUCCUCUCCUCUGCUCGCCUCCAGCCAAGCCGUGGUCAUGGAUGAAGAUGAAGACCUGGAGCAAGCCAUGCUGAACAUCUCCCCCUCCAAGAUGGUCAAGCAGAGCUCUGCUGCCCUGUCUUCGGGUGCAUCUUCAUCUCCCAGGAAUAAGAGACCAGCAGGCCGAGGUCUCUUUGCGUAUCAGUUGUUGGGACCAAGACAUGACUCUUGGUCAAUGUUCAUGCCACGUUCCUGGCCUUGUUCAAUGCUCAUGCCACGUUUCUGGCCUUGUUCAAUGUUUAUGGUGUUCUGCCUUUCAAAACUCCAAUCAUGAAUUUACAUCCUCUCCAUCAUUGAUGGUAAGUGUUUUUUUUUCUUAUACUCUGCAUGAUUCCCAUUAUGAAUUUACAGGCUCUUCGUUGAGGGUAAGUGUUAUUUGUCUUAUACUCUGCAUGACUGCAUGAAUGUGCAUGCCACCGUUUGCAUUGUUUGCUUAACAGGUUUUUGAACAAAAUGUAUUUUAUUUAUUUAGGAUCAAAGCUGUUUGAUAGUUGCUGACAGAUCCAAUUGAGAGAAGUUCUUACAUGCAAACAAAGCACACAUGCAAUUUGCCUCUGUCAGUCUGAAAUAUAACUUUUACACGGUGACUAACUUUGUCUUAUUUUUCAGGAUAUAAGAAUCCAUCCGCUGCUCAGUCUAAACUGCCUGGUAACAGACUGGACCCCAGCACUGCUCAAGAAAAGAGUAAACCAGCAGCCACACUCUCCAGACCAGACCAGGGUGAUGGACUCACCUCUUUGUUGCCAGAUCCCCCAGUUCCAGUGAAGGCUCCAGUGCCAGUUCCGCCCGAGUUGCUUGCCCUGGGCCUGUGUACAGAGUCAGCAAACACUGCUAUCUCAAAAGCCUCUCCCCGACUGGCUCCUGUGCUGUCUGCAGCCACCAUGCCACCGCACUCUGCUCCAUCUCCUGCCAUGUCUGCUGCUGUCGCUCUACCCUGUCCUGUUCCAGCCGCAGCUGGUGCUCUACCUACCCCAGCUCCGUCUACCAUCCCACCACCACUCCAUAGGAAGGACCAAGACGUCAGCCAGUGGAACUGCUCCCAAAACCAGAAGAUGUGGAUUAAAAAACGGAGAUGGAAUCUUUGGGACUUUGGCCAGGAUCUCGACCUGUACGACAUCUGAUGGGUAUGAUCUCCUUGUGGCGUCAUCCACCCCAACCAGAACUCAUAGAUCCAGUCUAUGAUAUGCCAUCUCCCAAGUACUUCCAGCUACAUCCAUUUUUCAUUUGGAAACCGGAGCAUGCAAUUAUGGAGAGAGUGAGGAACAAUUACAUUUUACCCUGCCUCUACGGCUGCUCCACUCCCCAUGUGGUUUCGGCAGGAGUUGGGCGACCCCGGGUCAUCAUUGGGACCAGCGGCCAGUACUACAUCUUGGCCUCUCGGCUGAACUGCAAAACAUGCAAGAGGUACUGGUUCGCUGACAAACCCCAGUAGAUGGAAAUGCUGCCACAACUCUUCUGCAACAUCCUGCCAGCAUUUCUCACCCACAAAAAAGCCAUCUGCAAAACGGUAAUGGAUGAGCUAUGUCGCACAGGGAGGUCGGCCACAGACAUGGCAAAUCAGCUAAAUGAGGCUCUGCACCUACGGUACGAGAGGGCACACCUUGCCUAUCUGUUGACUGUACAGAAUGUGCAGGAUGGUGACUCCGGCCUGUAUGGGCAGAAGACCAUCACAGGCACCAUGCGGAAGGACAACACCCCUGAUCCCUUUGGUACCUACGACUCGACCAAUGGCUGGUGUGGGGUAGCCAUCAGUCCCCGCUACCUAGUAGACUGCCUCGUACAUGAGUACCACCGUAAGGAGAAGACCCUCACUCUUGUCCUGCAAGGCACUUUUGGGCAGGUCAUUCGAGCUGACCACACUCGGAAGGUGGCCCGGAAGGUGGUGCUCUCAUCCGGAACCAUGUCCUCGUACUCCGUGAUGAAUGAGAACUGGAUGAUCCUGUCCUGGGUGAUGCUUCAGUCAGAGAGUGACCGGUCGCUGGAACCCAUGUACGAGGGGCUGUCUCAUCGCUACGACUCAGCUGGACUGCCGAAGGCAAAGUACCAGUGGGUGGACAGGGACUGCUGUGCUGAUUUCCGGAUCCCAAACCUUGACCCCCAGGAGCACCUCCACUGGGAUUCAUGGAAAACCACGGAAGCUGUGGUGACGGGGGCAACAUCUGGGAACCUGACCAACUCAUGUGCCUCCCGGGGAAAGUACAGCAGCGACAUCACUGUCAAACUGGACCUUUUCCAUUGCAUGCGGCGGUUCUCAAGGGAGUGCGUGUCAGAGCACCAUACACUCCACAGCACUUUCUGCCGGUUCCUCAGUGCCGCAUUCUGUGUGGUGGACCAGACCGACCUGCAGAGGCUGACGGAGGCAUACGCCUUCUGUGGGAUCAGGCCUGCCAAUCCCACAAAGCAGCAUAUCCGGGAACACUGCCGGACCAAGGUACCACAACCUACAGAGCUGCUGGAGAGAGUGGAGAGCGUCCUCAAACAGUUCUUCCUAGAGACAGAUCCCAAUGGUGUCUACCUCUUCAAGCCGUCCAUGCUAAAACUGUGGAGACUCCAGAGGGUGCACAUCCUGAGAGGCUGCCUGAGUGAUCCAGAGGAGGAGGACGGGAUCCUUUACAGACACGGAGGAACAGUGCAGCUCAACCACGUCAAGGGUGAAGGAGCAGCUGUCCCAGUGUGGAUCCCUGAAGACAUCUUUGGUGAGGCUUCUGGAGUCUUGCCCCAGACCACAGUCCAGCCAGUCCAAUCAACCUCCACUCAAGGUCUGCCAAAGACACCUGCACUGCCCAUCACAGCAAACCCGCGUGCUGCUCGCACAAUGUCCAUCAAGGCAGGUGGGCUUCUGUACGUCUUGGACCAUUCCCGGUGGACAGAGGCCAUGAAGGAGGUCAUCGACGGCCUCAUAGGAAUCCACCAAGGGUCGAAGGAUUUCCUGCAGAGGGUGGACAGUGACUACGCUGGCUUGGUGCAGGCUGCUUCCCGUGAUCCCAAUAGCCUGUUGCAUCCAACAACAAAGCAACACAUUUCACAGUAUGUGAAGCAUUAGGCAAAGUGGACCAACGUCAGCACGUCCCUGAACACCAGCCCAGAGAAACUCCUGGAGACGCAGCAGCUGUGGCAGCACCUGACGGCAGAGAGUGAGACCAAGAGCGUGCCAGUGGUGACCAUACCACCCGCUGCGGUCAAUCCACCUGGGAGAGAUCCCCAGGAGGCCCCUCUGACCAAGGCUGCUAUAGAGGACAUGGUGCGGGACAUAGUCCAGAAGCAGACGGCACUGCAACAACAGCAGCAGCAGCAGCUGGGCAAAAAGAAGACGAGGAACUGUCUUGCCUGUGGCCAGCCGAAGUCGCGAUACCAGGGAGACGGUUCCUCCAUCCACCUCUUCUACCAGUCUGGGGAGGUCAAGUACUUUUACUGCUCACAAAGAGUCCACAAGCUCUAUGCAGCAGAAGGCCUGAAUGACCCCAGAAUGCCGUUUGAGGACUUUGCGGACACCCCUUUCUUUGGGAAAGAGCUUGAGGCAGCCAAGCUCAGGUCAGCAGAGGCACGGAGGUUGGCUGAUCUGCGGGAGAAACGGAGAGCGGCAGAACAGCAGCCCACCGGUCGGCUCUGCAAGUUCUGCCGCAAGCCCAUCAAGCAGGGGCCAGAAAGCCCCCAUGUGUACCAUUCGUUCCGGGGUGUGGCGGGCAGGUACAUUUACUGUCCUACCAGGGUGCUGUCCCUGUACAAGGCAGAUGGAAUGAAUGCUGAAAUGACCUGGGGGGAGUUUCAACAAUCAGCCUUCUACACGGCAGAUAAGAAGAGGUGGGCUGAGGAGAAGGGGAAGUAGGCAAACUGUAUAUAAAAAAUAUUGUAAAUAGUUCAAAUAAAUAAUAUGACUGUUUUGCACUUAAUGUAGUUUCUUUUGUACAAGCCUUGAUCACAUGUUCCAAUAAAUGGCCAAAA